GCAUCCAGGCACCCAAGAGCCCUGACUUCUUGGCUCUGUUUGUGCCUCAAGCUGCUGGCGGGACAGCAGACCUCUCACCCGGGAGGGGAAGAAGAGGGGGAGGGAUGAGAUCUCCAUCACCAUAUCCCAUCUCCUCUUCUCAUCAUCAUCAUCAUCAUCUCACACCCUUCACCCCAAGCCCUCUCUCUCUUUCCCCUCUCGUUUUCUGAGGUGUCUGGUGACUCUGGCCCCUGUUAUCUUGCCCCUCCCUUCAUCGCAGAGGAGAGGAAGAGAGAGGGCGAAAGAGAGAGGCUGCAGCCCACUACCACCAUGUCCCCUGAGGCCGCUUGCCUGCCUGCCUGCCCCUCCUGCUGCUCAGUACAGCUGUGGCUCAGCACCAGACCCUAACCAGCCGGGAUCUCAACCCUUCCGGAGAGCCACAAGAAGAGCCACUGUGUGGGAAAGCUCCUCGCCUCUCUCACUGCCUCUUCAUUAGGUGAACCACACAGACACUAAUUCCAGCUACGGCUGCCAAACCUGCCUCUCUGCUGGUGCUGAGAAGAUCUUCUUUUUGAGCAUGGCUGUGGCACCCCGGGCCCUGGCACUUAUCCUGCCCUCGGUGCUCGCCCUGCUCAGCCUGGCACCAGCGCCCGUCUUGGGAGGCUGCCCGUCAGCUUGCAGGUGCUCUUUCGCCAUGCUGCAGUGCCUGGAGCCCGAUGGUAUCACCAGCAUCCCGGCGCUGGCACCGCAAGAGAGCGAGAACGUGACAGAGAUUUACAUCGAAAACCAAGCAAGCCUGGAGAAUAUAACAGAAAUUGAUCUUGUUAACUACAGAGACCUGAAAAACCUCACGGUCACAUCAUGUAAGCUGAGGCUCAUCUCUGCCAAUGCCUUCCAACACAACCUCAAGCUUCAGUAUGUGAACUUGGAAUCUAACUCCCUCGAACACAUCUCCUGGAGGGUGUUUCAUUUUCUGCCACUGCUCAACCUGGUUUUGAGGGACAACCCUCUCGUGUGCUCGUGUGACCUCCACUGGCUCCAGCAGUGGCAGCUUAAUGAGCGUGGUGACCUUCACAACCAAAUGCUGUCUUGUUUCUCAGAUGAUCAGGAAGUGCCCCUCAAGUCUUUGGCGAUAGAUAACUGCAGUUUGCCUGUGGUGACUAUUGUUCCUACCAAAUCCAAGAUUCAAGAAGGAGGCAACCUGACAUUUGAGUGUCAUGUGACAGGAAGUCCCACUCCCAAUGUCAGAUGGCUAACUAAGGAGCUCCGGUCUCACUUCUCUACACAGGAGAUCAUCUGGGGCUCCACAUUAGAGCUGGUCCUUUAUCUCACCAACGUUUCCUCCCAUGACAACCUGCACAACCUAACCUGUGAGGCCGAGAACCAAGCUGGGCCUGGGGAGGACAUGGUGCAAUUGGACAUUGAGUUUCCAGUCAAAAUCCUCUUCCUGAAGGAUGCUGUGCAGCAGCACCACUGGUGCUUCCCCUUUGCUGUGGAUGGUAAUCCUGAGCCAACCAUCACCUGGCUGUACAACGGCAAAGAACUCAAAAAGACGAAAUACGCAUACACCCAGCUCAUCCCCGACUUGGGUGACGGAUCAGUGAAACACGGUUGUCUCUUCCUCGACAAGCCCACUCACAUCAACAACGGUUACUACACUCUGAUUGCGGAGAACAAACUGGGAAGGGAUGAGGCCACAGCAACUGGGUUGUUUAUGGAGAAUCCCUUCGACCCGCACGAUCCCGAGGGCAUAAUUCCAGUUCCUACAAGCAAACCAGACAUGGACAUCACAGAGAACUCGGAGAGCCGAACGUUUGUGGUUUCUGUGGCUGUGGGUCUGGCUGUGUUUGCCUGUACUUUCCUUCUCAUCAUGGCUUUGGUUAUAAACAAGUGUGGCCAGCACUCCAAAUUUGGUAUUCACCGUUCAUCAGUUUUGGGCACUAAGGAUGAUCUGGCAGUGUCGCUUCGUUUCAUGAACUUUGGAAGCAGCCCGCCUUCCUCAGAUGAGGACUCUGGUUUGUCCAGCUUUGUAGAGAAUCCACAGUACUUCUGCGGCAUCAUCAAGGAGAAAGACAUGUGUGUCCAGCAUAUUAAGCGGCAGGACAUUGUGCUGAAGUGGGAGCUGGGCGAAGGAGCGUUUGGCAAAGUCUACCUGGCAGAGUGUGCCAACCUCAGCCCUGACAGCGACAAGAUGCUGGUCGCCAUCAAGACUCUAAAGGACGCCAACGAGUCGACCCGGCAGGACUUCCAGAGGGAGGCGGAGCUGCUCACGGUGCUCCAACAUCAGCACAUUGUGCGGUUCUACGGCGUCUGUACCGACGGGGAGCCGCUAGCCAUGGUGUUCGAAUACAUGAGGCACGGAGACCUCAACCGAUUUCUCCGAGCUCACGGCCCUGACGCUCGUAUCCUCGAGGAGUCCAAGAUGCCCCCGCUGGGUCAGCUCACCCUGCCUCAGAUGCUGCACAUCGCCGCCCAGAUCGCUUCGGGCAUGGUCUACCUGGGAUCGCUGCAUUUCGUCCACCGCGACCUGGCAACCCGCAACUGUCUGGUGGGGGAAGGCCUGGUGGUGAAAAUCGGAGACUUUGGCAUGUCCCGAGACAUCUACAGCACAGAUUACUAUCGGGUGGGCGGGCGUACGAUGCUGCCAAUCCGCUGGAUGCCCCCGGAGAGCAUCAUGUACAGGAAGUUCACCACGGAGAGCGACAUCUGGAGCUUCGGCGUGGUCCUCUGGGAGAUCUUCACCUACGGCAAACAGCCCUGGUACCAGCUGUCCAACAGCGAGGCGAUUGAAUGCAUUACGCAGGGACGAGAACUGGAAAGGCCACGCACCUGCCCAAAGGAGGUGUACAUGCUGAUGCAGGGCUGCUGGCAGAGAGAGCCCCAGCAGAGGAUGGUCAUCAAGGACAUCCACAGCCGCCUGCUGGCCCUGGUCAAGAACCCGCCGGUUUAUCUGGACAUCCUGGGCUAAAGGGAGUGAGAACCGACCAGGGAGUGAACUGCAGAGGCUCGAGAGGUUGAGGCUUUGAUUUGAGAUCCAAAACUUGUUCCUUUUAUUCCAUUAAUCAAAUCAGGAGUAGUUACUUUAAUCAGGUUCCUCUUGGUUUAAAAACAUGUACAGCUCUCCCAAUUGCUGCUUCUCCAGGAUGCUUGAUGGAUCAACAGUCCGCAGUGAAAUUUCCACUUUGGUUUUGCCUCAGUCCCAUCUCAACCCCUGACCCCUGUUUACUGCUCUGUGCUUCUCUGGAAACCUGUCAAAUGUUUACCAAAGUGUUUAAUGUUUAUCUGAAGCUUGAUGGAGGGACAUGCAUGGAUAGCUGUUGAAGUAACUGUAUACGUAUCACAUGAUGGCUUGUUGGGGGAGUUUGGCCCUGAUGGUUUUUGAGCUGAGCUCCGGUACAUUUUAUACGACUCUACAGCCGACACUUGUGUCGAAAGGCAAUUAGAAUAUGAAUCAGAUGAUUACAAGAGAGGGCGCUUGACAUCAUGAGUCAAAAGUGGAGACCAGUUUUGCAGAUUUGGGUACAGCAGAUGGUCAUUUGUACAGCAUAGUCAUUGAUUUUGGAUAAGUUUUGAUAUGGGAGGUUAUUUAAAGGCUUUCAACAAAUGUAUAUAUAAGAUAUGAAGAUCGUACAAUCAAAACUUUCAAAGGCUUGUUUGUUUCUGAUGUGUCAAAUCCAGUGUAUCAUAUGAUUAUUUUUCAAAAUCAAGAUCAAGAUGUCACCUGUUAGCGGUGAAAGUGUGCGUUUACACUUAGGGAUGUCUGUCUCGCUGUUAAAAUACUUCCAAAGUUUACCACAGUGUGACCUGCAGCCAGCCUGCGAGACUCGGCUUUCGUUCCAAUUAGCGAUGCUGAACAUGCUACUGUAGCCACCUUGGAAAUCAGAGCACUGCAGUGAAAUUCGGUAUGGGGGCCAAGAUGGUGGGGAGGUGCCACCCUGAGAUGGUUUUAGAGGUAACAGAUGGAUUAAAGUGAGUGAAACUCCAGGAGGAGAGUAACAGAUGGCACUGAAACAGAGCCUGGAGGUGAGGCCACCGCCACAAAGAGAGAGGGAAAAAAAGAUCUUUAAAUGAACCAAACAGGGAAUUUAGAGGGUGAGAGACAAACCGGUGCGGUGCCUGGAAGUGUAAAUACUAAAUGUACAUACUCUGUAUUAAUGUCUUAAAAAAUAUAUCUUCGUGUAUUGUUACUCGAGCACUUUGUAUAUCGUCUGCCCUUAAAAUUAAACAAAGUUGAUUAAAAAAAAAAUGUGUGCAGCCCGAGCAGGAA